AUGCCAGCAGUAAAGGAGGAAGAGCGCGAUGAAGUAUGCAUGUCAGGGACUGCUGCAUCUUCCACAGAGGUAAAAAAGCCCCUGAGGAUCAUGCUUCUAGGGAAGAGCGGGGCAGGCAAGAGCUCGAGUGGGAACACCAUGCUGGGAAAAAAGGUGUUUAAAUCAGACAUGAGUCUGAAGAGAGUCACUCAGUACUGUGAAAUGGGGAUUGGAAAAGUUGGGGAUGUGCACAUCGAUGUUAUUGACACUCCAGGGUUUUUUGAGACAGACCGCAAGAAGGAGGAAAUAGUUCGAGAAAUUCUGCAGUCUGUCAAACUCCAGGAUCCAGGUCCUCACGUCUUUGUGUUAGUGAUCCCUAUUGGAAGGAUGACUCAGGAAGACGAAGAUACCAACAGCCUGAUUGAAAGCAAAUUUGGGCCAAGAGUGUGGGACUACACCAUUGUGCUUUUCACUCAUGGGGAUCGUUUGGAGGGAAAGACGAUAAACGACGUCAUCACUGAGAGCGAAGAAAACCUCCGCAACUUCAUACGCAAGUGUAGCGGUGGCUUCCAUGUCUUCAACAACAAUGAACCGGAGGAACAGGAUCAGGUGACAAGCUUUAUUGCAAAGAUCCAGACUCUGGUGGCCCUGAAUGCAGGGGAACAUUACAAGUCAAAGCUGUACCCUAAAAAGGAGAGGGAGAUCAGGGAAAGACAGGAGUGUACCCUGAAAGAGAGAGAUGAGGAGAUCAGGUGCAAGGAGAGACAGCUGCAGGAGAGAUUCCAGGGGGAAGAACUGAAGAAGGAGAAGAGGAAGCUGUGGAGAGCAGAGGAGAAAAAGGCAAGACUGGCUGCAGAGAAGUUUAACUUGAAACUGCUAGAUGUCUUCUUGAUGUUCCUCUUUGGAGUCAUGUUGAGCUCAGUGAUAGGUUGGGCUGCAAUACCAGUGAUGAUCAUCUUUGUGUUUAUUUACGUAAAUGUCUUUCCAACUAUUUCAGAAAAAAUACCAUGGAUGUCUAGCAAGAAAACUCAGUAGAUAUGUGUUGAGAUAGUGAUGCAUUAUUAGUAAUUAGUCAUGUAUUCCUCAAGUCUAUAAUAGAUAAUGUGAUUAAUUUAAUUUCAAAGAAUUUGUUUGGAAAAUGUUUGUUUUAAACCUGUCAAAAUGUAUAAAAAAGUUUGUAGCUUUGUUCUGAUUAACACUGAAUCCACUCAUGUAACAAAACAGUAAAAAAAAAUAGUACUGAGAUUCACUGUGCUUUGAAGUGGAGUUUAAUACUGUUUUAUGAUGAUAAGAUUUAAGAAUAAGAUUUACUCAAGCAGAGCUUCUUAGUAGGUCUAUGAACUAUUUUGUUAUAUUUUUGUAGCAAUUUACAAUAACGUGUCGGAACUGUCACCUAUCAUAAAAGAAAGAUAAAAUAUAAAUCAGCAGCAUAAAAAAACAGAACCAAAAGAAAGAAAGGCAACCUCUCUGAAUUGAAAUUAUUGCUCAACUAUGGCAGUGAUUUUCACUGCCAGAGUUUUUAAGAUUGUGGGAGUGUCUGCAGCUCAGUUUCUGUUUCAUUUCUUAUGCAGCACAGGUAGGACACUGCUUCGAGAUUGUAUCUGUUAUUAUCAUGGUAAUUUUUGAACAACAAAUCUAUUUUAAUCGCUUAGCUGUUUGUACUGCAGUUUUGAGAAACAGUUGCACAUAUUAAACAGACUGAAUUGA